CCGCCUCGCGACAACAUGCACCCUUUGUGGAUCGUACUCGCUUUGCUCCCCAUACUCGGGGGAGCAGAACGCUUCAACUGCCGCGGCCGCAUCCUGGGCGCGUACUACGCAGACGCGAAGUCGGGAUGCAAAGCGUUCCACGUGUGCGUACGAGUCGCCGGCGGGGGUAUAAGGGACUUCAGGUUCUUCUGUCCGCCUGGUACCCUGUUCCACCAAGAAGCUCAGACCUGCACUGACUGGGGCGAUGAUGACCCGCUGGCCUGCCCCGCAGACCUCUACGACGGUUAUGACACCAAGAAGUUGUCGUCUCAAGGAACCCGUGACGAGGAAACGGAAUUCGGCCUCCAACGGGCGGAGACAGGUGACAGGCGCAAUCAGAAUAAUGCAAAUAAUGUGAACAAUGCACCGGCGUCGGACCUGCGCGCUGCUCACUCCUCGGACUUCUUUAGUGGACAGAGGGACCGCGGCCGGGAUGACCCCGCUCCCGCCCCGCAACGCCCCGCCCCUCAGUCCCCGCCCCGCCAGUCCUUCCGACGAGCAACUACCCCCCGUCCUUCCCCUACCACCACUCAGUUCACUACCGCUCAGCCCCUACCCGCCAACCCACCUCACUACGAUGCCGGUUCCAAGCGUAAACUUGUAAGAAAACGCCCCAUCUAUGUCUCCACUCAAGCCCCGUCCACUUUCGCGCAGAGCACAGCACAGUCUUUCCCUACAAAGUCACAGAACUACCCCAAACAAGCAUUCUCCCAGCCGCCUCAGCAAUCGUUCCCUCAGCAACCUCAGCAACCAUUCUCCCAGCCUCAACCACCUUUCAUAUCUAAACCACAAAACACUUUCCAACCACCGCAACAAAACUUCAACCAGAGAGCUCCAGUUCAAGUUAAACAAACGACCACUACUCUUUCACCCCCGUCAGACAUCCCACCUGAAUACAAAGACGAAUACGUUGAAGUCGUCCGUGUUGCACCCAAACAGCCCAAAAAUAGGUUCUUCCCCACCGCCGCCUCUACCCGCGCGCCCGCUCCUUUCUCUCCAUCGUCUCCAGCCCAAAACUACAACAACAACAAUAGUAACAACAAAAAAGAUAGCUUAGUAGAACUUUACAACUACGACUCUCAAUCCACGCCCGGCCUCUCGCAAAACGACAACCGACCCUUCAAGGUACGAAACAGCUUCACAGUCCAAGACACUCCAAGGGAAGACUUCGCUCGUACGAACAUUAACUCAAACAAUGCGAGGAAUACCCCCACCACCACUGUAGAGUACAACACCGCUAAUUCACGAGGCUUCGCCACGAGCACGCCAGCGUAUAGAAACUUCAACAGUGUGUCAUACGAACCGGAAAAGAACUUCGUUUCUCACUCUGGAGCUAAACAGAAUUAUUACAAUGGCCCUUCAUCAACGCCCACUACCACAGCUUACACGACCCCAGCAAACCUGAACACUAUUGCGUACAAUACAAACAUCGCUCUCAAUACGAUUCAGCCCGCCAACUACGAGUACGGCAACGGUGAAGAAGAUGACGGGCAGUACCGUCCCCCGCAGGGCGAAGAUGACGGCCAGUACCGACCGGAGCUGUACGAGCGGGAACUGCUGUCCGGAGCUCACUCACUAAACAUCGCGGCCAGUGGCAACAGGCUGCCUGAGGAUCAAAAGGCUCACGGGAAAUCUCAGGUGCAACAGAAUAAGAAAGUAUCCCAAACGUCUGCCCCGAGACCGUUCAGACCCGCCCCCACGCCAUCGGAAGCACCUACGACGACACGUGCCCCUGAACCGACAUACACCACUACGUAUAGAGCGCCAACGGUUAACACGCAACGCACAUUCGACUACUUCCAGACGUACACGACUACCUCCAGGCCCAAUGAGCCAUCGGCGCCAGCGCAAUUCAACCCCGCGCCUGUGUCCAACGCCGGUGCGCGGCCGAGCACAACGCAAGUCCCGCCGGCCCCGCGAGCCCCGGAGCCGCGGCCGACGCCCCGCGCGCCUGCGCCACCGACUUUGGCGCCUCCUCGACCCAGCCCCCGGCCCCAGCACUCUAACCCGCCGCGCAAGCAAGAGGACUCCAGCUACGACUACGCGUACUAUGACUCCGACACAGGGUUCUCGGAAUACGACCAAAUAGAAGAGUUUGGCAGAACUAAAUCAAGAGCGUAAGCGCUCGUAUAACAUAUAAUUCACUGCCAUUAAAUUAGUCGCCUCUUUAGAUAAUUAUUGAACAGCUGUAGGUACAAAAGUGUGAAUGUAUUAUUUACUCCUCAUUAGAAGUUUCGAGUCUGUUGCCAACAACAUUAUUACGAAUACUUUUAUCCCAUGUAUUAGCUAGAAUUUGAGGUAAUAGUACAACUUUUGUAUAUACGUAUUUUCGCCAGACUUCACUAUUCUGAAUUAGACUGAUUCCAAUGCCAGUUUCUGUAUCUGAAGAGGUUUACCGUAGUUACCCUAAAUUAUUUGUGAUAUUAAUACGAAUGUUCAUAUUGGGUUAAGUCGUUAGCUAGAAGAGUAGAUUCUAUAAAAUACCAGCUGUAAUUCGAAUUUAUUCGUGUGAAAUCUUCGCCAGUGGUUUGCCGUCAUCGAUAUUUAUUAUGCAGAUUGCGGAUGACAAUAGAUUUAUUUCCUAUAUAUGUACAAUAGAAAGUAAGUUAUACUAUAGAUUGUAAAAUAUUUCAUUGUAAAUAAAGUUUUCGUAAAGACAA